UCUCGCUCUUUCUCUCACCCUCUCUUUAUCUCCGUUACUCUCCACCUCUUUCUCUCCAUCCCCGUCUCUCUGAUCUUUCAUCGUUUUCCUCCUGUCAGCCGCUGUCUCAGUUUAGCGCGAGUUGCCACGUUCGGUCGAACUUCGUGCACCUUGUGCGUGCCGCCUAUACGAGGGGCUACGCGUCUCCUCAUCGUCUUCGUCACCGCACUCGUCGUGGUGGUCGCGAUCGGCGUGGUGGUCGCGUACACGGAAUAGUUGCUCGCGCGUUCGCUCGUGUUGAGCCCCGGUGCCGCCGCGAUGCGAGGUAGAACCGUGCGUGCAAGAGGAACGACUUCGCCGGACGACAAUAACAACAGUUACGGAUAAAAGAACGGAGGGGCACGUAGAGGGCGACGAGAACGUGGCGAAUGGGAGUGCGGAGGAAAAGGUGGGAUAGCCACAACAGGACAGGAAGAACGACGACGGUAGACGCGGGUAGGCGAGAAUGCACGUUCGCGCGAACGCGUGACCCCUGCUGAGGAGGGUGGAGUGCGACGAGGGAGCGCGAGAACGGAAGAAGGCAGGAUCAAAAAAGAGAGAAACGCGCGAGCGAGAACGACGUAGAAAAGCGGCGAAUUCGCUGCCUACGUGGACCGGGUCGCUGGCAGAGGGAGCAGCCACGCUCCGCGAAGUUGCCUGGAUACGGGCAACACCGUGUUGCGCUCCGCUGAAGUAGGAGGCAGGGAAGGAGGCGGAGGUGGUGGUGCUGCUCCGCGGGAGGAUGGAACGUGCGGUGAACUAUAGUGAGACGAGGAAGACGAUCGUCGGCCAGGCCGCGAACGCAGGAUUCCCCGCGAGAAUGCUCGAAACGCUGGGAAGCAUCGUCGCGCGAACGUAGCGCGUUACUGCGAGCAAUAAUACGCCACCGCUCAGCAAUCGAGACCUCGCGAAGUACGCACAACCGAAGAGCACGGAAGAACGUUGGUUAUGACGGCGAAGUCGGGAGGUGCGUUAGCGAAGGCAUCGAGUAUCGAUUAGCGGACGAUUCGCGCGGAAUUGAACUCGACUCGUGACACCUGCACGAUGAUAAUCAGUGGCGCAGCGGGCGACAAAGCGCUUCCGGGCGAUACUCGCGGCGGUGACCGCUGCAUAUAGAAGUGAACACGAAAUUGCAGUGCAGUGCGUCGCCAGGAGACGGGGGGCACCUCGGGCCGGGUAGAAGAACAUCGGCAAGUCGGUGUCGAACCUCGAACCAGCCUGCGAAAAUUCGUCUGCCAUGGCGCACCAGACGAGAGGUCUACCGCAGUUGCGAAUAAAGUUUUAUACCACGGUCGCCGCCGGUCUCCAAAUAGUCCUCUUGCUCACCGUCCUACCUCAAGAGAGCCUUUGCGGGCGCCACGAGAAACGCUUAUUGAAUCACCUGCUGUUAAAUUACAACACCUUGGAGCGACCGGUCGCGAAUGAGAGCGAGCCGCUGGAGGUGAAGUUUGGCAUCACUCUGCAGCAAAUCAUCGACGUGGAUGAAAAGAACCAAAUACUUACGACCAACGCGUGGCUGAAACUGGAGUGGACGGACUACAACCUUCAGUGGAACGAGUCCGAGUACGGUGGUGUGAAGGACCUUCGAAUUACGCCGAACAAGCUUUGGAAACCGGAUAUCCUCAUGUACAACAGUGCGGAUGAGGGUUUCGACGGGACGUACCAAACAAACGUGGUGGUCACGCAUAACGGCAGUUGCCUGUACGUCCCUCCGGGCAUCUUCAAGAGCACAUGCAAGAUAGACAUCACUUGGUUCCCCUUUGACGACCAACACUGUGACAUGAAGUUCGGAUCCUGGACCUACGACGGCAACCAGCUCGAUCUGGUACUCAACUCAGAGGAGGGUGGUGACUUAUCCGAUUUCAUCACGAACGGGGAAUGGUACCUCAUCGGUAUGCCGGGAAAGAAGAACACGAUAAUGUAUCAGUGCUGCCCGGAGCCGUACGUCGACGUCACCUUCACGAUACAGAUACGCAGGAGGACCCUCUACUACUUUUUCAACCUGAUCGUGCCCUGCGUGCUGAUAUCGAGCAUGGCCCUAUUGGGCUUCACCCUGCCGCCCGAUUCCGGCGAGAAGCUCACCCUAGGAGUGACCAUUCUGCUGUCGCUGACAGUUUUCCUGAACCUCGUGGCAGAAAGCAUGCCGACGACCUCGGACGCUGUCCCUUUAAUAGGAUCAUACUUCAAUUGCAUCAUGUUCAUGGUGGCGAGCAGCGUCGUGUUGACCGUUCUAGUGCUCAACUAUCAUCACAGAUCGCCCGACAGAUACGUGAUGCCAAAUUGGGUCAAACUCGUGUUCCUGCAAUGGCUGCCGUGCGUGUUGCGCAUGAGUCGGCCGGGCAAGAAGAUCACGAAGAAGACCAUUCUCAUGAGUAAUCGGAUGAAGGAGCUGGAGCUGCAGGAGAGGAGCAGUAAGAGUUUACUGGCGAACGUUUUAGACAUCGACGAUGAUUUUCGCCAUGGGAACAGCGCCGCCAAUCCCGCCUCGGGCUAUAAUAUAAGCAGGUCGGCGUACGGCACACCGCUGUCGACCAGACCGGCGACGGUCGAGGAGACUUCGGCGUCGUUGCCCCUCAGCGGCAUGCAGAAGGAACUUCACACGAUUCUCAAGGAAUUGCAGUUCAUCACGAGCCGCAUGAAAAAGGCGGACGAGGACGACGAGGUCAUUAGCGACUGGAAGUUCGCCGCCAUGGUGGUCGACAGGGUUUGCCUGUUCGUCUUCACGAUAUUCACGGUUUUGGCUACGGUGGUGAUACUACUUCGUGCGCCGCACAUAAUCGUCCAGUAAUAGACUGCCCCGGUCGAGCCACCGAAAAAAUGCACAAAAGAUGCCAGGGAUAGCGCCUCCUGGAAUUUGGAACCGACGUCCGAUGCGAUUCGAGGAGGCGGCUACGGAGCGCGUCGAAGUGACGGGAAAGCGCGGAAAGACAGACGUUUAGCCCCCUUUCGCGCCCUUCCGACUCAGCCCCGGGGGACACGCGGGGGCGUUCUCGGAUUGCUUCGCUUACACGCUGGGAACCGCCGCCGGGUUCUCGUGCCGCUUUUCAGUCAGGCGAUUAACGUAAGGAGCGAGGAAGAGCGAGAGAGACCACCGAGGCGACGAAGGGGAAAUCAACGGGGAGGACGAACUUCCGGCGGCGGUGACGACGUCAGGCGCAAGAAGGCCCGAAGAAGACGCUCCUUCGGAUUCGAGACGAGCGAACGAGGGGAACAAGGAGGUCCGAUCGCCGACGUCACGCUCCGUUGCGGCUGCGUUCUUUCGUUAAAGUGACUUAAUUACGUUUUUAGUGCGGUAAACCGGGUCGUAGGUCGACGCGCGACGCGAGCUGGACGGAGAUUUAGAGGGUGCCUCUAGAUCGUAAACGAAGAUCCCGCCCACACAGCUGGCUCGUAGGGGCAACAGCGAGAAGACUCCCGUGUUAGUUACUUAGCCGGCAAUUAAUCGGUCUCUCAUGGACACGCGAAAUCGUUCCCGAGCUCGUGAAAUUUCGCAUCGCUCUGUGUCACGACAUCGGUAUUAAACGAAGAAAACACGGCUUGACGCGAGACACAAUAUUCCGGGUCUGACAAUUUGGUCCGCGGCAAGUUCUGGCGCGCGCGAGAGAGAGAGAGAGAGAACGCGCAGUUAGACAUUCUCUCGAUCAAAUCUUCGAAACUUCCGCUCGUCAAGUGGCUCUCGACGCGACGACUGUGUGCACCGGAUGCGAACUGCCGCAUAGAGUUCCACCUCUAUGCAAAGUGCCUCGCUCAGAUCUCAAACACAAGAGUCCCAAGCGUUCCCUUUAAUAGAACCACGAGGUAAAAGCGUUUAUUCCACCGAGGAUGCUUAGGCCACGCGCUCGCGUUGUUGUUUAAUCGCUCCCGAGUGUGUCGGUGAAACUGCCGAUGAGAAAGCCGCAAUAAUUUCCUUCUAGAUUUUCAUCAGCAAUAUGUCUGAUAAGUUGCUCAUACACACAUGUACGAACGUCAGAGAACUCGUAAAACAACUUCAAUUAUUCUCGAUUGCAGAUCUUGAAAUGUUUAUAACAAUUAAUUUGUCAUUGUCCAUUAUCGCGUGAAUGUGCGAUGUUAUGUAAUUCAGCAUCAGGUAUUGUUGACCCAAUUUACACAAGUGAGAGAGAGAAAGAAAGCACUUGUCGUAAGUGAGAGAAGAUCCAAAAUUAGCAUAUUGAUUGCCGCGUAAAUUUCCAUUAAUCGUGCAAAACGGAUGUGGUCGAAUUAUUAAAUAAAUUUCUCACAACGUUUGCCCGAUAAUUCUACCCUCAACGAUAAGACAACAACACAGACGCUCGUUAAAAAUAUCGGUUUCCGUUUCAUAUCUACGUAGAUUCGUUCGCGAGUUAAAGCUCUUUAAAAUUUCACCAAGCUCGGUAUCGGCGAACGCUAGCGCGUGAGACAUGGCGCUUUAAAAUUGCAUUGCGCACGCGCCAGCGAGUCAACGACCGCGCGGAUGAGCGACACGUGGUCAACAGCUGAUAUAGCGCGAGAGUGGGGGGCGAGGCCGCCUUUUAGCGCGUAACUUAUAUAUAUGUAUAGUCGACAUUUACAUUCCAUGUUAGAAAAAUAUUAAGAAACUUUUUUUGUUUCAAU